AGUCUGUAGGAACGAGACAACCACAGUCAGGGAUGAAUGGACCAGGUGAUGGUAGAAGAUAGAAACUUCUGUCUGAUUGAACUAAAGAGGCCUCACAGUCACACUGACCUGUUGUAGUGCAUCACAGAGUUGUAGUCAUAAGGAGUUCCCAGGUUCAGAGUGUUGAUCUUAUUAAAGUUAUAUUCCAUACCUGCAGCACAGGGAGCAACACAGUAGCACAGAGUAGUUCAUCAACAUGUACUGAAGUAUCAAUAAUAAAAAUAAAGAUUCACAGUGCAGCAUGUUAUGAAGUGUUAUUGGUGAUUUCCUUCUAAUACGUCAGGAAGAUUUGAAAUGAGAAUAAAUCUCCAUGUGAGUUAAGUUUUCAGCGGUGAGCUGAUGAUCAGUCCAGGGCUCUGCAGCGUACCAGGGAUGACGUUCUGCAGCAGAAUCUGGACGUGCUGGUCCCGGUCGGAGCGACACUGCUCAUGGUCAAAGCCCAGAACGUGGAGCAGCUCAUGUUGGGUUGCUCCAAAAUAAAUGCAACCUGCAGAGUUUAGUGACACGGUCUGUUGACCUCCAAUACGACCCACAUAGGAGUAGCAUCUAUAGAAACCAUGGAGAACAGGGAGAACAUCAGUGGAGACAAGCACGUGUUAGGUAGGUUUAGUGUUGGGUGUAUGAGGUGUAGCAGUGGAGAAGCAACAGAAUAAGGUUUACUGGUGUUACUGGUCAAGGACAUAACUAUUCCAUCACUUACCCACUGAGAGACUGUAUGUAGAUGUAGUCUGUCUGGUUUGUGUAGGGGAUGAAGCGAAUGCAGGUGGAGUUGGAGAAGGAGUUGAGGCCACUUGUGAUGACACUAAGCUGCUUGGCGGCUGGAGGUUGAAACGCAAACACAAAAACAAAGCCACACUAAUGUUAAAUGUAUUUCCAGCGGUAGAGUGAUGCACAUUUAGUGAUGGAUCAUGUCAAGACAGAUUUACUGUAGCUCUUGGCGAUGACAUAGGGAAUAUAAACGUUGCCAUCACAGGCUUUAGGCCACAUGCAGCCAGUCUGAGUGCAGGGGUCAGCGUUCCUGUGGUUGGGAACAGCGAUGUCGCCUCGCAGCUGGAAGCCAUCUUGGAUGGGGUCUGCAGAGAGGACGUGGACGUCACACACCACAAAUGUCAGGAGCAUUAAAUAACAGCUGGCUUCCAGCAGCUGCUGGUCUGUUGGGGAUUCGAACCCUCACCCACAAACCUAGACCUCAUGGAGCCAGUCAAAAACUGAAUCUAUAUGUGAUGAUGUAAUGAAUGAGACUCACUGAGGUUUCUGUUGGCUCUGCCCAGCAGUUCUGAGACGGACAGGCCUCCCUCAGCUUCUGUGUCACUGUCUGCACCUGCUCUGUUCACAACCUGCGCCAGAAAAGACACAAAAGUGUUUCUGUGGCGUCGCUGAACAACCAGAGCAGAACGUGUUGGAUCUCACAGACUCACCAUGGCUUCGGUCCAGGCUGAGACUGCAAACAGAACCAGGAGACCCAGGAUGCUCUUCAUGGCUGCCAUGUGACCAACGAGCUGCAGACUGAAACACAACAGUCAGGUUGAAGCAGCAGCAGCUGUAGUAGUAGGAUCAGUAACAGUCACUGAGCUUCAGCUCUUCACUGCAGGGAGCAAAGUAGGAGAUGUGACGUUGAGAAGGCUCUGCUCAUCCUCUUUUAUAGCAGAACCAGCAGAGGAUGAGCUGUGCAGGUCAGCAGCACAGCCUGAUGUUUACUUCCUAACUCACACCCUCAACACACAGGUACUAAUCUACAGACUCAUGGGAGGAGGUCCAGGUUGGGAGCUGGUUUGAUGGACAGACGACCCCUCAGCAACUGGGACAAGAUAUGAGUAUGGAAUACAGCUUCAACAAGAUUAACACUUUGAACCUGGGAACUCCUUAUGACUACAACUCUGUGAUGCACUACAACAGACUGGCUUUCUCCAAGGACAAUGUGACUCCCACUAUUGUGGCUAUUCCCAACCCCAACACUGUGUUUGGCACAGCCACACAGAUGAGCCAGAACGACAUCGACCGCAUCAACCUGCUGUACUGCUCCAAGAAGCUACGCUGACCUUCUUUUGACCUGACUCAUUUGAUUAUCAUAAUGGCUUGAACAUUAUGUCCCAGUAAAAAAGGUAUAUUUAUUUUCUAAUGAUUCAUUGGCUGAAAAGUUUUCAAGAAUUUGGUCCCAUUGAUGAUCAUUUUUUUCAAUAAAUGUUGAACUGGAAAAAGUUUUGUCCUCAUUAAUAUUUUUCUCUAUUUCAUCUUACAACAAUCACAUUAAAAUAACUUGUGCAGUUCUGCCCUCUUUUAAGUGCAUUUUUCAUGAUUUAGUAUCAUGGUUGAGUUUAAAAAUUGCAAAUUCCUCAGUCUGGGUUAUUUCACUUUUUUUUAAUUGUGAAACAUACAGUAAAUAGGAUUAUUUUCGGAGACUUCUUAAUGACUUCAGACAACCAAAUAAUGAAGCUAUAGCAGACCUUGCUGUGACACAGGUGUAGUCUGCCACCGUCCAACAGGCAUCACCACCGCCUGGAGUGUUGUGCGAAUGGGUGGCAGGUGUACUUUAUGUGGGUGAUUAUGUGACUGGUAUUAAACCGCGACUGAGACGGACUCCAGUCGCUGGUGAGUAGUUGCACCAUAAGCGGAAGCCAAUUGUUUUUUUCCCUUGGGUACCAGUACUAAGACUGGUUUUGUAACAAUUGCUGCUGCCAGCUGAUGCACCUACAUACCUACAAUAACUCUAGCAAAAAGUACUUCACGAUUUUUUUCAUUCACAAACUUAACACUGAGCCACACUGGGACUGAAACACUUACGUUCGUGUUGCACUUGUGAUACAGACAGAAAACCUCAUGUGCUGCUUAAAGGUGUGACAGAAUCAAAUGACACUGAGAUUUUAGAGACCUUACCAACAAUAAAGCAUUACAUGAGCUUAAUUCAUUCUAACUUCCUUUUUUUCUGCUCUUAUUUUAGGCUUAAUUUCCAAGAAUGUAUAUAUAUAUUAUAUAUAGAAUACAACCUUAUGGUAAAAAUGUAAAGCAAUGUCUGAACGUUUUUUUGUUAGAUUCUGUUGUGCUUCUCUUAGUGCAGAAACAUGAUGCAUCUGGCUCUCGGCUGUUGCAGGAUGCAGGGGCGGCCUCGUCCUCCAUACGUUGAACUGGUCUGCGCUAAACUCUGGCUCAUACAGCUAACCACGAAUAUCAGACAGUGCUGUAGAACUCACUGUCUUCAAAUUAAUCUAUAGUGGGACCUCUGGCCAUUGAAUAUUAGUACUGUAAGUGUAUGCGAGGAAAAACAAUGGUGGACUGAGCAGUUGGGCUCCAGCAGGAGGUCCCCGCCCCCUCUAUGACUGGCCCGCCCCAUGUCCAACUAGCCCCGCCCCUCCGAGACUAGCCCCGCCCCUCUCAGCCUGACCGUUGCUGGGGCAGGUACAGAGAAAACCAGGAAGCACUAGUUGUAGUCUGUGAGCCCAGAGCAAACAAUCCACCAGGGUGUGUUGGAGGAGGAAUGAAUAAAUGAUAAUUUCUCAGCAAAGAAAAUAUGGAGGAAUAUGAGUGUCCUAUCAUUCUUAAAUUCUACCUGAGAUCGUUUUGGUCAACCCCCUGAGCUUGUGUGUUUAAUAUUACUGUGGCUACAUGCUUGUGGUUACAGUUUGCAUUUUUGGAUCAUGUCUACAGACUGUUUGUUUUCGUUCUCCACCUCUACAAAACAACAGAAAACCUCUGUGGUGGACGUCCACUUUGUUGGUCCACAGACCAAACCACAUGUAAAAACACCACACACAUAUAUUGCAAGUG